AUUGUCUACUAUGUUACCGAGAUGGAGAGCUUCAAUAAUGCCAAGCAAUGGUUGAAUGAGAUUGAUAGAUAUGCUAAUGACAGUGUAUGCAAGCUUCUGGUUGGCAACAAAUGUGAUUUAGUUGAGAACAAGGAUGUCGACACGCAAACAGCAAAGGCAUUUGCUGAUGAACUCGGGAUUCCUUUCCUGGAGACGAGUGCUAAAGAUACAAUCAAUGUGGAGCAGGCUUUCUUAACCAUGGCUGGUGAAAUCAAGAAAAAAAUGGGUAGCCAACCAGCUGCGAACAGGUCAACCGGAACCGUCGAAAUGAAAGGACAGUCGAUUGAACAGAAGAACAACUGCUGUGGCUAGUCGACCAUGUAGCGAUCUAACUCUUUUUAGAGAGACCAUAAACAUGUUGCAUAUCAUAUGAACCUUUCGGAAACGUAAAGUGUUGGCUGUUUGAACCCUCUGUUUUAAGCGCAAGUUGUGAUGAUUGUUAAUAACUUGCAACUUAUGUUUAGAUUACUUACCAUGUGCGUAUCUAUUUCUAAACUAAGCUAAAUUUAAAUGGAACUGAAAUAGAUUUCUGUGUCA